AUGGGAGAUAUGACGGCGAGACGCAAGAGUGUCCUUUCCCACUCCGUGUGCAAGAAUGCCGUCACCCGCCCGAGUCCCGUGCGGACUGCUGACGGGACUCUGUUUGCUGACCCGUCGUCGAUAGCCGUUGCGCGGUUCGCAGAGCCUCUGGCUUACACAUCCGUCUUUCCUUACCUCCCCGAGAUGAUUCGCGACUUUGGCGUCGGUCAGAAUCAGGUCGCCAAGUGGGCUGGUCUGACGUCGGCUGCCUUUUCCGUCGCCCAGUCUGUCGCGGCCGUGCCGUGGGGAAAGGCGGCCGACCGAUUUGGCCGGAAACCUAUCCUGCUCUGCGGUCUUGUGAGCACCAUGAUAUGCUUCAUCAUAUGGGGCAUGUCAACAAGCCUCACCAUGGCCAUCACGGCUCGAGCCUUCUCCGGCGGGGUCAACGGGAACGUGGGCAUCAUCAGAACAAUGGUCGCCGAGAUGGUUCCCGAGCGGGAGCUGCAGCCCAGGGCCUUUUCCGUCAUGCCUCUCGUUUGGUCUCUCGGCUCCGUCGUCGGGCCCGCCUUUGGGGGUUUCUUUGCCCACCCGGCGAGGCAAUUCCCGGACGUGUUCGGGAAGUUUGAGUUUUUUCAUCGAUUUCCUUACAUCCUUCCAAACUUGAUGGCCGCCGUUUUCUUCCUCAUAUCCACCGCCAGCGCCGCCCUCUUCCUCAAGGUGAGUCACACCUGGUCUCACCGUCCUCGCGCCGGUGCUCACGCGACCAAGGAAACUCUCGCCUCCAAGCGCCAUCGUAAAGACUGGGGCCUCGUCGCCGGCGAGCGUGUCUCCCGAGCCUUUGUUGGUCGGAAACGGAUGCCGAUGCCUCGUCGUAGGAGCUCCUUUCUGGACGGGGAGGCCACGGCGCCGCUUGUGCCGAGCGAGAUGCCGGCGGACAGGGUGGAUGCCGACCAGCAAGCUCCUGGCCUGAAGGAAGUGUUCACUCGGCAAACGAUGAUUAAUCUUGCCGCCUUCACCUUUCUUGCCUUUCACUCCGUCGCCUACGACCAGAACAUUACCGUGUUUCUCAACUAUCCCGUCAUGACGCACACGCCCGAGAACACCAAGCUCCCAUUUUACUUCAACGGCGGAUUCGGCCUCACGUCGGGAAGGAUCGGGACCAUCUUCACGAUAUACGGAGUCAGCUGCGGCCUCGUCCAGUUCAUGCUGUAUCCGCCGCUGGUAGGUCGCUACGGAGUGUUGAAUUGCUACAAGCUUUGCUGCAUCGCGCUGCCUUUUGUGUACGUAUUCACCCCAUACACGUCCCUGCUCUCGACGGAGAACGGGCGCAUGGCGGCCGUCUUGGUCGUCAUGAUCCUCAAAGGGUUUGCCAUCAUCAUCGCCUUCCCGUCUCUCACCAUACUCCUCACAAACUCGUGCACCUCUCUCCGCGUACUCGGAACGCUGAAUGGGUUCGCUACUGCUUUCAGUGCCAUGGGACGAGCUCUUGGGCCCGGUUUGACUGGUCUUACCUUUUCUUGGGGCGCUGACCACGGGUACAUGGUCUCGGCAUACUUCUUCCUCGGAUUCGUCGCCAUGGUUGGUGCCAUUCCCGCCUUCAUGAUGGAAGAAGGGUUGGGGCCCUCGGCGGACGGUGGCGACGCAGGUCAGGGCGCAUUGGGGAACAACGCCGUCGUCUCGCCUAAGGCGUCGGCAGCGAUCGACGACGACGGGUCCGACAUUGAGCCGGACGAUUUGACUCCUCUUCUGAACACGAAAAAUGGUACAACGUACAGUGCGAUAAAUGGGGGGAAAUGA